CGGGCGAGGAGGCGGGGGUGCCAGGCUGGGAGGGCGGGCGGCGCGCGUCUCGCCGUCCGCCUUCUCUGCCGCGGCCUCUGCCUGUCCGCACCCCCGGCCGCCUUUGUUCCCCCGAAGACCCCUGAGGGGACCCCUGCCUUGGGGGCCUUGACUCUGGAGAGGAACCGCCACUCCCGGCCUCCGCGUCCUGGUCUGGGGGACCACCCCACGGGCGCGCCCCGCUGCUGCUCUCCGGUGGCCCGGGUGCGCGGCGGGAGCCUCGGGGCGCCCCGCUCGCGGGCUGGGGCUCUGCCCGCCGGCGGCCCCGUGUCCCCACCGGGGCGUUUUCGCUCAGGGGUGACAGUGGAGCUCUUUGGGACGCGCUCCGCGGCUGGAAAGGGAGAGCUUCUCAGCAAACGGCCAGUGUUGGUUCUUCAGAAUGAAGCACUUUAUCCACAGCGUCGUUCCUACACUAGUGAGGAUGAAGCCUGGAAAUCUUUCCUGGAAAACCCUCUCACUGCAGCAACCAAAGCGAUGAUGAGCAUCAAUGGAGAUGAAGACAGUGCAGCCGCGCUGGGCUUGCUCUAUGACUACUACAAGGUUCCACGAGAGAGAAGGUCAUCAGCAGCAAAGCCAGAUGUAGAGCACCCGGAGCCGGAUCAUAGCAAAAGAAAUAGCAUAUCAAACGUGACUGAGCAGCCCCUCAUUUCUGCUGGAGAAAACAGAGUGCAAGUGCUGAAAAAUGUGCCAUUUAACAUUGUCCUUCCCCAUGGCAACCAGCUGGGCAUCGACAAGAGGGGCCAUCUGACGGCUCCUGACACCACGGUCACUGUCUCCAUAGCAGCGAUGCCUACCCACUCCAUCAAGACAGAGACCCAGCACCACGGCUUUGCUGUGGGGAUCCCCCCGGCAGUGUAUCACCCUGAGCCCACAGAGCGCGUGGUGGUUUUCGACCGGAACCUGAAUGCUGAUCAGUUCAGCUCUGGUGCUCAGCCCCCAAAUGCUCAAAGGCGCACUCCAGACUCGACCUUCUCAGAGACCUUCAAGGAAGGCGUUCAGGAGGUUUUCUUCCCCUCGGAUCUCAGUCUGCGGAUGCCUGGCAUGAAUUCAGAGGACUAUGUUUUUGACAGUGUUUCUGGGAACAACUUUGAAUAUACCCUAGAAGCCUCAAAAUCGCUCCGACAGAAGCCGGGAGAUAGCACCAUGACGUACCUGAACAAAGGCCAGUUCUAUCCUGUCACCUUGAAGGAAGCGAGCAGCACCGAGGGCAUCCUCCACCCCAUCAGCAAAGUCCGCAGUGUGAUCAUGGUGGUUUUUGCCGAGGACAAAAGCAGGGAAGACCAGUUAAGACACUGGAGAUACUGGCACUCGCGGCAGCACACGGCUAAACAGAGGUGCAUUGACAUAGCUGACUACAAAGAAAGCUUCAACACCAUCAGUAACAUUGAGGAGAUUGCUUAUAAUGCCAUUUCUUUCACUUGGGACAUUAAUGAUGAAGCAAAGGUGAUAUUGGAGUUUUUCUGUAAUCUCAUUAUAGAAAAUAUUUCUCUGCACAAUGAGUAUGGUCUGAACAUUUGUUUUAUCCAGACUUGGGUGACUUGGCCUGUUGUCCAAAGCCAAGUCAAGGCCAAGUCACCCAAGGUAGAACCCACCCCAGGUGUUACCGCGGUGAGGAACAGAACACAUCCGCCAUGUUGCUGCCCCAGGACCCAGAGCACAGCUCUGCCUCGUGUUCCUACACUUGCUCUCUCCCUGUUUUGGGUGCUGCUGAUUAAAGAUUGUCACCUUCCUAAAUGAAGAUUCACAGACACUGACUGAGCUUCUCCAGCAGAACUUAGUGUAGUCCGUCCAUGAGCGUGGGCUGCAUUGAUCAAGAGUGUGGGUGUGUGGGUGAAGGUCACACUAACGGGAAGUCCAUACGGGUAUCUUCUCAGGAGGUCACCUGUGGGGAAAGUGGAAAUACUGAAUUACAGAAAGGGGGGUAGUGCUCCCUCGCUGUUUUUACCACAUUGUGAUGUCGUAAGGAUCAGUCACUAUCCCAGCAGCUUAGAGAAUGGUGUAGCUCGGGGGGUCAGCAAACUGCAGCUCUCAGGCCCUGGCCAGCCAGGGGCCUGUUUUUGUGAAUAAAGAUUUU